AUGAACCAAUAUGAUAUGAAUGUACUUAUAAAUGAAGAUAUACAAUGUGAAGAUGUCGAAAAAGAAAAUAAAAGAAAAAUAGCCAACGAUUUAGUUAAAAAUUAUUGUCUUUUGAAAGAAUUAAAUUUAUUAAGUACAAUAAAAAAUGAAUACAAAGAAAUAGUUCAUACGAGAAAAAAUGUAGCCUACAAUAGUGAUAAUAUAAUAUAUGCCAGCAAGUGUAUUAUGGAAUAUAUGGAAUUAAAGAAACAAAAUGAAUUAAAAAUAAAGGAAGAAGAAGAACAACAACAAAUGCAAAUACAAGUAAAAAAAGAAAAAGAAAAAUACAGUCAUGAGAAUAAAAAGGAGAAUAUAUUAAAUGAUAAUGAAAUUGUAAAUAUUAUGAAUGUUUUAAAUAAAAAUGAAUUAAACUUAUUUAUAUAUGCAAAAAAUAUUAUGGAAUGUGAUAAAGUUCAUAAUUUUGGUAUGUUUAAUAAUCCAUUAAACAUAAAUUAUCUGGAUAUACCAGAAAUAAAACAGAACCAUAAUGGAACUCAUCUUGAAGAACUUAUAAAAUUAUUAAUUUCUAACUAUAAUAAUUCAUUAAAUAUUAUUAAAAUGCAACAAAACGUAAUCAAUAAUUUUAUUUUUUAUACACAUAAUUUAUUAACAAAUAAUAAAAUGUUAAUACAAAAAAAUCACAAAUUAAUUCAAACAAUUUCUGUGCCCAAAGAAUUAAAAAACAACGUUAGUGAUAAAGAUCAAAUUAAAUUUAAAUUACCAUUUACACAGGAAAAUAAUAUAUCUUCUUUAUUUAAAAUACAAAUAGAUUUAUAUAGAAAACACAUUAAACAUCUUUAUAAUGUAAAUGACGAUUUAAAAAAAUAUUUAAGUGUAUUCAAUGACCAAAAUAAAUAUGCAAAUAAUUAA